AUGGAUAGCGGUGUCUUCCUGAGAUCUUUGACUGCUUUUGGUGCGAACGAUGGGGUACUGUACUCAGCAGAACUGCAAGGCCUUCGUGAACAACUGGCAUCGGCAAGGGCCAGUGCAGUUCGACAAAGAUGGCGUGUGUUUGCUGGAUUUGCUUUGGCUCGGCACCUUCGAUGUAAAUUGAUGAAUAUUCCAGUCCGACCAAAGGUACUAAUCACGUAG